AUGAAGCUACAGGAGUCCCGAUUAAACGUUACCUGCGUGUGUUCACUGGGGGAGAGUACGAAUCUGAUUCUGCUUCUGUGUGGCAUUGUGGUUGCCUUGGUGGUAAGCAAGAUCAUGAGACGAUUUCUCCCAGGCGAAAAGGCAGAGGUUUUGUCCAGAUGCCUGCCCGGUCAACGUGUUGCUGCAUACUUCAAUGAUGAGCGGAUGUAUCACGAGCGUAUCCUACUCUGGAAAAGUGAUGGCAUGAAAUGGGCUAUCUUGACUCCAGACGACGAUGUAUACCUAGAGGACUUUUCGGGGUAUGGGGAUCCUGGAUGUGAUUCGUUCAAGGUGAAGGGCGAACAUUUUACUUACUGGAGCAGGGUGGGCGGCGCUGCCUACAGGUUUAGUCAGGAGAUCUCGGAUGACAUCCUGAGAGAGAAGAUUGGCGAAGCGCUCGAGUGUCUUGGAGGCGAGGUUCAUGGACCACAGGCGUGGAGACCCAGCGGGAUACAGCUGCAAGACGGAAGUAUCGCCGAUACUUCUGUUUUCUUGGGUAGGUUGCUGGUUCCUCGGCGACUCACUGGAAAAGGGCCUGGGCUGCGCCCUGGGAAUGAUGCAACGGGGCCAGCUGCUUUGCCCUCAGCUGUCGGUGCGGUGCAGCCAGCGCCCGAGGGGUUUGUUUGGGUUGCUGCCGAGCCACUUGAAGGUCUGGUGCUUGGACAGGAAGUUAGCAUUACACCGUCUACCGACGUGCAGCUUGGCAGUAGAACGGCUAUGCUUAAAAGAGGGCAGCAGUGGGUCAAGGCCGAACUGGUGAAGCUGGAGGAUUGCGCUGACUUUGCCGAUCGGAGGCGGAGCUUGUUUGGUCAGGUCACGGUGCCCGGCCCUCCGACUACUGAUCGGACCAGGGCGUUGGACUUGGUUGCGGAGGAGGCACCGAAGGCUAGAGCUGAAGAUGAGAUCCGCACCCUGUACGUCGAUGGUUCAAGAGGUGGAGGGCAGUGGCUGCAGCUUUGGUGCCGUAGCAAGCAUAUCGAAACAACUGACCGGGUGUAUCACGAGCUUAAGGUCCUCACCGAUUCUCUCCACUAUGCUGGAUGCCACGAUCAACUCAACAUACCAGCCCUCAUCUCGAUGGAGCUGCUGUGUAGGCGUGUGCAAUCAAUAGUGGAGGCCUAUACAAAUCCUGCGCGACCGACCUGGGAGCAUGCAAAGGUGUUCCAGGGCCAAGGGUCACCGGAGGACAUUGUGAGCCCAGUCUUCAGGACAUACGCUGCCAAGAAGAAUAAGGAAGAGCUUGAGCUUUUGCAGGCACGUCAGAAAGUGCGGGAGCUUCGUGGUUCUCCUUUGAUCGCCGUUGAAGAGGGUAGUGCUGAUGCAGCGGAGAGUGGUGAUCUCCCUGGUUCCCCUAGUCCGAUGCAACUUCAGGCCAUGGCACGUGUGGAAGGUCUGGUCCGAGAUCAGAAGCCCAGUGGUGCGGUAGCUUUGCCGGAGGAAGCACUUCGUUCGCUUCUCCGUGGAGGCGCUCCCUAUGACUGGAAGCCCUCGAGCGAGACUCUUGCCUCUUACCAAGCCGACCUCGUUUCUAUUCCUGAUGAUGUUAGCGGCUGUCCUCAACUUACUGAAGUUCUGCCGCCUGACGACUGUCGGUACCUGGAAGAGCAAUCAGAGCUGAUGCUAUCUGAGUGUAGUAGUGCAGAUGAGGGUGUUGGGCCGUUCUGGGAUCCCGCCUUGAGGUUCAAUAAGAAGUGCUAUAAUGACUUGGUCCUUCGCCUCCAUAGGAUCGGCUACUUUCAGUACACCACUCAGCCGCGAUGCAGAGUAGGCAUUUUCUUUGUCUGGACGUCAUCCCGGACCCGCCUCAGGAUGAUCACCGAUGCCAGGUUGUCCAAUCUUCGGUUCAAGGCGGCUCCAGGGGUGUCCUUGAUGACUGCGGAGUCUUUUGGCCGUUUUGAGGUUGAGUUCGAUGGGGAGAUCUUUGCCGACCCCGAGGUGAUUUCCAAAUUCACUGCCUUUGUUGGGUUGAGUGAUGUCAAGGAUUGUUUGCAUAGGCUGCGGGUUCCCCUGUGGCUGGCUCGAUAUUUUGCUUGGGAGGCGGUGCGCGCCAAGACGGUCGGCCUUGAGAACACGUUCGUCGAUGGGAAGUUUGUUGGGCCCCUAGAUGCCGUCUACCCAUGCGCUGGUUCGCUUUGUCAAGGUUUUUCUUGGAGUCUGUGCCUGGCUCAAAAAGCGAAUGAAUACCUCUCCAAGUCGACCCCUUUGCUGGCCCAGGCUCGUCUGCUGCAUGAUCGAGGUGACCCUUUAGUUCUUCAUGUGGGGCAAGUUACGCAGGAGGCUGGUCAUUUCUACAUAUAUGUUGAUAACCUGGGUGUGAUUGGGGCUGAUCGCGACCAGAUUGUGGAGGCCAUGGAUGCUCUUCGGCAGAAGUUCGAUGGUCUGGGCCUUGAUCUUCACGGCAGCGAGGUCAGUAGUGGCUGUGUGGAAGCUUUGGGUUGCAUCGUUGAGGGCAACAAGCUGCGGAGUCGAAUCACAGUUGAGCGCCUGUGGAAGGUACAUCAAGGAGUCGAAGGAUUGGUGGAGACCCUGGAAUCGCAUGGUGCUGUCAAGUUGCAGAAUGUGGACGCCAGUCAGAAAGGGCUCGAUUCAGGUUCGCGGUUAGCUGAGGGUGCCAAUGAAUCAAAGUUGUUGGUUGACCUCCUUGGGGACACAUGGGCUGCUGACUUUGUUGCUGAUGAGGGUGGACCAGUGAUACCAAUCAGCUGUGAUACGGAGGUUGUGCACCAUGGGACCUUGAGUGGAGUCAAGGACGAGGACCAGAGUGUUCCUGCGAAAGGUCGUCAAAGAAAUCGCCAGCUGCGAGGGGAUGGUCUCGGGCUCCGAUUGUCGGAGCAACCACUGGAGUCAAUGAGACUCCCGGAAACCGAGACACAGCUCCACAAAGUAGAGGCGGUGAAGUUGACGAAGCCAGACGGUUGCGAAGAGAGCGAGAGCACUUCGUCAGAGUUCAAGGCAGGGAGAGAAGGAGAAAGAAGUCGUUCCUUGAGAAGCAGGCCAAGGCGAGGGCUACAGCGGUUUGUGGACUCGCGCCUUCAGGGGACUACAAGCCACGGCCUGCUAGAGGAGGCCGCAGUCUCGGUGAAGGUGAGGGAGGCUUACUCGAGACACUCGAGACGACUCCGCGAGCUGCAGUCCUUUGUGAAAGCGGCGAAGAUGGCCUUCCAGAUGGACGACCAGAUCGACCAGGCACUGGUGGACUUUUUCAACACGAAGUUCAAGGAAGGAGAGGGAAGCUCACUGGGGGAUUACACCCUCGCGGCGCUGAUGGACAAGUUUCCACAAUUUGGACGGCUGGGGAACCGGAAGAUUCCUCGCGCGGUGCCUUCAGGGCUGGAGGAAAUUGUGUCCCUCUCGCUCGAGGCUUGCCUUUCCGCUGGCGGUUUGGUGCGGCGUGAGUUGGAGGAUGGUGGUGCGUGGACAUGUCGCCAAAGCUUUGUUCAACCUCCUCCAGGUCUCGACUUACCACCGCCCCGGAACCUUGUUGAAGCUGAGAAAGAUGGGAUUGGUGAAGCCGACUCGUGGUGUCACGAGCCACUGGUCAGUGGUCACGAGACAUUGGAUGUCUCCAAGACUGGGACCAAAGACGAUUCGGUCCUUGUGGACAACCAGUGGAUGGCCUUUGCAGGGUCACUGUUCGAGGAGCUGGCGCGUGGAAACAAGUUGGAGCUCGUGUUCAAGUUCGACUACUCGAGCUACUUGAAGGUUUUCAAGGAAGCGUGCCAGGACCUCAAGCUGGAGUUGGUCCCGUACCAGGCCAGGCACUCGGGCCCUUCCAUAGACAGGGCAAAGAACGUCAGGACCCAGGAAGAAGUUCGCAAGCGAGGCAGCUGGCUCAGCCGUCAAAGCGUGGCUCGCUACGAGAAGGCAGGGAGGCUGGCGGCCACCUGGCAGAAGCUGGAUCUGGACGUACAGAUGGCGAUCUUGUUUGAAAGCCGAGUGCAUUUGCCGCUCUUCCUAUUCGACCGGACACUGCAGGGAUCAAUUGGACACAGGUUGCUCAGCCGUGUCCUUACCGCCUUUGUCAUCGGCCCUGACAACUGCGACUUGGGUGUCUUCGACUUGGGAGGAUGGGCGAUGGGCGCGCCUGCGCAGCAGUUUCUGGAAACUAAGAGAUUGCUGGACGGCAGUAUCUCAGUUCACCUGGAUAGCUUUGCUUGGACGCGCAAGGAGUUUUCUGAGAAGUGCACCGUCUACCAGUUAAAGGGCACAAGGCCAUGUGAGCAAAGCAAAGCAUAUGGAAUCGGACGUAUUUGCCGUGCUGGUUGCGCACUUGACUCUACCAUUGAGACCUGUGGCGCAGCAACAUCAGAAGUCGAGUAA